AUGGAAUACGUGUUAAGCGUGUGGGGUAUACAGGAAUUGUUUUCUAAAGGUGCGGUCAGUCAGGAGCUACUCGCGUUUUUCUGUCACUUCAAUUGGAUUUCGGAUUUAGUUUGCGGCACCGCUGAGGCGAUGUUCGAUUCGUUUCAUCCGGGUUCAAUACAAAAGGAGACUUUGAAAGUGCUUUUCGGACAUUUCCCCGCCGGAACGUCGACAAAGAACAUGGCCCGGUACGGUCAGAGUAUGAAUAGUGAUAGAUUCCAAAAGUUCGAUUACGGGAGUUCCAAAAAUGUAAAAGUGUACGGGUCUGAUGAACCUCCGUUGUACAAUUUAAGUACAGUGAGUGCGCCGACGGUCAUUCUGUACGGUGAGAACGACUAUUUAGUUGAUGUGAGAGAUGUGAGUUGGUUGCUGGAGCGGCUGCCCAAUGUAGUGGAGGCUGUUAGAGUGAGUGACCCGCUGUGGAACCACCUAGACGUGACGUACAGCCAUAUGACUAAACAUAGUAUAUUUUCUAAAAUUAAUGAUUAUUUAUUUAAAUAUAGUAAUAGCUGA